AUGCUUACAAUUUUUCCAAGGAAUAAACUAUGUUUACCAAUUUUACGUUCAUUUAGGAGUAAACCACUAAUAUUUUACUCGAAAACACUUAGAUCGAUACAUAUACCUCAUUACCGUUACAUAUAUAACACAAAACUCAGCUGGGAGCAGCAGAAUAAGAAGAGUGUUCAAAAUGAAAUCAAGGAAAAGUUCCCAAUUCUUCAGAAAAGCAAUAUCUCUCAACUUCAUGAUGGAAAUCUAAUUCACAAGGAAAAACAACUAAGUACCAAGAUGUUUACCAUCCCUAAUAUCAUUACGAUGACCAGAAUAGCAUGUACACCAUUCAUAGGGUAUUUCAUUGUUGCCAAUAAUCUUACGACUGCGAUACUCUUCUUUUCAUAUUCAUGCAUCACAGAUUUCUUAGAUGGGUAUAUUGCACGAACAUAUAAUUUAAACUCUAUUGCAGGUACCAUUCUUGAUCCGAUCGCUGAUAAAUUACUUAUGGUUGUGACAACAAUUGCGUUAUCCCUUCCCCCGGGACCUCAAUUGGUACCGUUGGGUAUAGCAGGGUUAAUUCUAGGAAGAGAUAUUAUGUUGGGGUUAUCCGGGUUUGUAUUACGGUUUGUUUCUAUGAAACAACGAUACGGAUCUGUUAGUUGGAGAUCUUAUUGGGAUCUUUUCAAUUUCCCAAGUGUUGUUGUGAAACCUACUGUAAUUUCUAAAUGGAAUACAUUCUUGCAAAUGAUUUAUUUAGGUACAGGAGUUCUUAUAUUAUUAGUGGAUCAUUUGAAAGAUAAUAAAGAAAAUAUGGAUGAUGAUUAUGAAAAUGGGCAAGCUAAAUCCAAGAAUACUUUAAAAGAUGGAUUUAAAUGGAUGGGUUAUAUUGUUGGAACUACGACAAUAUUAAGUGGUGGAUCAUACCUCUUCAGUACCAAAGCAGUGAAGUUUCUUCCAAAAGUGAGAUGA